CUACUUCAAGACACAAACUGUAAUAAUAAUGGCUUUUUACUUGUGAUGCGAUUUCUCUGCUCUGAAGGAAAACAGCUGUGACGAGGCUGUUUGUGUCUCGGAGCACCAGCCACACCCUCCUCCUCCUCUUCCUCCUCCUCUUUUUCCUCGGUGUGCAGCAGCAGCAGCAGCAGCAGGAGGAGGAGGACCAGAGGAAGCAUGAUGCGAUACAUCCUUACUCUUUUGGCGCUGCCAGCAGUCUGCAAUGGCAUCCUGCCUGAGAUUGUAGAGUCAGGAAUCAAUCACAUCGUGGAGGGUCCGUCGGAGCUGGACCGCAUACUUGUGCAGGAGGAUCCGCUGCAAAAGCCUGAGGAUGCGUUUCCCCAGACAAACAGCAGUGUCAGCCCUCAUCACAGUGACCUUCCUCAGAGUCAUCCCAACGAGACUGAUAAGGUGGGUAAGGAGGAAUCUGUGCACUCCUCAGCAGAACAGGGGACAAACAACAUCCCUGCCACAGCUUUCCCAGUCAGUGACCUGGAUAACAGUAUCGACCAUGGAUGUGUGACUAACGACGAUUGUGGAAAAGGAAAGUAUUGCCUCUCUGACACUCAUAGGUCCAAGUGUAAGCCAUGUAAAGACACUGAUGUGUCUUGCACUAAAGAUGACGAGUGCUGCGGCGACCAGAUGUGCGUGUGGGGUCAGUGCAGCAAAAAUGCUACCAAAGGAGAAGCUGGCAGCACUUGUCAAGUCCAGAACGAUUGUCAGCCAGAUCUCUGCUGUGCAAUUCAUAAAGCCUUGCUUUUCCCCGUUUGUUCGGUCAAACCGAUUGAACGUGAACGCUGUUUUGAUAUCUCCAACAACCUGAUGGAGCUGCUGUCCUGGGACAUGCAGGAUAACAAACCCAGGAAACACUGUCCGUGUGCGGGAGAGCUUCAGUGCCAGCACCUCGGGCGUGGAUCCAUGUGCCUGAAAGCAGAGGACUCGAGCGAAGAGGACCUGACAGACUCUCUGUACUCAGAAAUUGACUACAUUCUCUAGACAAAGCUUGACUGACUGUACACUCUCUCUCUCUCUUAAAGCAGCAUGAAACGUCUUCCCACUGUCUUUUUGCCAGCUUAAUCCAAAGUUGUAAAGCUCCAAAAGCUAAUAUAAUGGACGCUAAUAAGAGUUUCAAUCACUGAUUGUAUUUAUGUUUUUGUUUCUUUGAGUAUUAAAUGACAUAAAGCUUUUA